AUGUAACAUGUAUUUGUUCCAGCAAUAAUGUAAAUAUAGUAGGAUGUCUGACACAACAGAAAACCCGAACGAGGAAACGAUAAAAUGCGUUGUAGUCGGAGAUAAUAACGUUGGGAAAACCCGUUUAAUUUGUUCGAGGGCUUACAAUGAAGAAGCUCCCAAUAAUAGAUGUAACAUUUCAACCAGCCACGUACCUACUGUGUGGGCAAUUGAUCAAUAUAGAAAUAAUCAAAAGGUAUUGGACAACGCUCGUUGCAACAUCGACGGCACGAUGGUGUCGCUGAGGUUGUGGGAUACGUUUGGUGAUCAUCAUAAAAAUAGAAGGUUCGCGUUUGGAAAAGCUGACGUUAUUGUUGUUUGUUUCUCCGUUUGUGACGAGAGAUCGUUGAGGCAAGUCACCAAGUUCUGGUUACCUGAGGUUCGUAAACACAACAAGAACAUCCCUGUAUUAUUGGUGGCCUGCAAGGUAGAUCUGCGGUUCGCUGAGUUGAGGGAGAAGAUCAAAUGUAAAGGAACGCUCACUAAAGCAGUGAAACACGCCGAUAUUUUAUUCCCGGAGCAAUGUCGGUACGUGGCCAUGGAGACGAACUGUCCUUACUACGAGUCAAGCGUUUUGCUUGGGUAUGGAAUAAACGAUGUGUUCGAAAACGCUUGUAGAGCUGCGUUGCUGUACAGACGAAACCUGAACUUCUGGAAUUCAAGUUUGAAACGAAUCCAACGCCUUCAGCUCCAGCCCCCCCUCCAACCCCCCAAACCGAGCCCCCCAAACUUUCCCCAUCUUGAUACAAAGUCACCAUUGUUACCCAACUUAUUUCAAAUGUAUAAAGAUAAUGUUUUAACUGAUGUCGUUCUGAUCUCUGAGGGCGAGAAAAUAUUCGCCCACAAAGUUGUGUUAUGCGCGUCGUCGAGCGUUUUCGCUGAAGUUUUUACCUCCCCAGUGUUGCCAGCUACCAACGAUGCUUUCGUUGUCACAAUCGCUAAAUCCGGCAACACUGUUGAAAGUUACAAGCGCAAUUAUGACAUCACACACCAUAGUAUCGACGACAAUCAACGGGAGGUUUACGAAUCGGAAACCCCGACAGAAAUAUUAAAAAUCCUCGUUAAUUUCUGCUACACGGGGCUCCUAAUGUUGGAAACCCCCGAUGUUUCGAUCCUAACGCAAAUUAUCAUCGCGGGUCAAAAGUUCGCGAUCCCUGAGCUCGUUAACCUCGUUGCUGACCUUUUGAACUCUAUGACUUUUGAUCCUCGCCCACACGAGGGCUUUAUGAGCCGACGGGCAGCGAGCAUGAAGUCGUUGUUCAUCGAGACCCCGACUCUCGCCGACGUCGUCUUCCAUCUCGACGAUGGUUCGAUCCCCGGCCACAAGGUGUUGCUAGCGAGUGGUUGUGAUGUCAUGAUGGCUAUGUUUACGGGAAGUUUCAUUGAAAGUGGAAACAAAGAGGUAGACCUCCCCGACACAACAACCACUUCUCUACGCUGCGUUCUUGAAUUCAUUUACACAAAUAAUAUUCCGGAACUCGAUUGUUGCGCAACUGUCUAUGAUGUCAUAAAGCUCGCUGACCGCCUCUGCUUGCCCCGUCUUAUUUCAAGAGUUUGUUGCGUAGUUGUUGACAUGUUUAUCAAGGACGAGCGAAAAUACUUUGAAAAAAACGAAAAAUCUUUAAUCUCGAAAUUCUGCACGGAUGUUAUUAUGAUGUCACAGAUAGCUGAUUUGCAUAACGCACCAGAGUUACGACAAUGGUGUCUCUAUUUCCUAUCAAUUCAUUAUAAUGAUGCGUGCCGGAGUAUUCCUAAGAUUAUGAAGAGUCUACCCCCACCCACGUUAUCCCACCUUGAAGAACAUCGAUGGCCUCCCGUCUGGUUCAUCAAACAACAGGAUGUUUACGAUAAAAGUCUUUAUCAACGCAAGGAGGAGGAAAGUGGAAGGAAGUAUCGGAAAUAAUCCAUUGUUGGUGGUUGUGAUGUCAUAAUCAACUAUUGUUGCUAGUUGUGAUGUCAUAAUCAACUAUUGUUGGUGGUUGAGAUGACAUAAUAAUCUAUUG